AUGGACCCUCGUACUUCGCAGCUUUACGGGGGCGGUGUUGAUCGUUUGCGAUCCGGACUGGCUUGCCUCACCUGUCGAAAACGUAAGAACAAGUGCGACGGAUCCCGCCCGGCAUGUGGCUUCUGUAACAAGCGAAGUUUGACUUGCAUCUACGACGACUCUGCAAAAUAUUCGGCCGCCAACCGAGGCUACGUCGAGACGCUGGAGCGGAAAAUACGAAAGCUGGAGCAGGAACUCGGGCAGAGACGGGAUGCACCCAGCUAUGUCGCCCCUACAGCCCGCCAGUCCACGGACGAGGCCCUCGUCCAAGAUUUCCAGUGGCAGAAUCCCCGGGUUCGAACAAGGGCGAUUCCUCUACACGACAUGCACCCUGUACUGCCAGAUCCAGAUUGCACCUCUUUAGAGAAAGACCAUGAUCUCGUCAAGGUCAUUAAAUAUGGAGAGAUUUCGAUUCAUUCGGCGCUGGCUGAUUUUGGAGUGGCGCCGUCCGGCACCUCUCCAUCUGAUGCACGGGCAACGCAUGGGGAUGCAGAAAGCGAGAAUUCCUCAAUCCAGGACGCCGACGCCAUGAUCCGCGAAGAACAAUAUCCACUGGAUGAUUCCUUUGUUCUCCCACCACGUGCACUGGCAAAUCGCCUGGUGGACCUGUUCUUCGACCACGUAUACCCAAUUGUGCCGCUGGUUCACGAGCCCAGUUUCCGGAAAGAAGUCGAUGCACUGUACACCGAUCGCCGGUCCGGGAGCAUCGCAUUUCGGAGCAUGGUCAACGCGGUGUUUGCCUACGGCUGUGAUUAUCUUGAUUUGGGUCUAGCACGGACCUACGAACUGUCCCAGGACUUUCACGAACGUGCCACUGAUUUGAUACUGCUGGUUUGUUAUGAGCUGGCGUCCCUCGAAGUUGUUCAAGCCCUGCUUCUUGUGACAUUGCAUCUCAACAGCAGCAUGCAAUUUCACCGUAUGUGGGUCAAUACAGGUCUGCUAGUGAGGACUGCACAAGCACUGAACCUCCACGUCGACCCGUCUGCUUGGAAUAUCAGGGUGAUUGAGAAAGAGUUGCGGAAGAGGCUUUGGUGGUCGAUAUAUUCCCUUGACCGGUUUAUCAGCUUGAAGCAUGGCCGACCUCCAGCGUUAGAUGUCAAAGCUGGCCACUCGGUCCCGCCCACGGCCGUCGACGACGAUCAAAUCUUCCCUACAUAUAUCGCGAGCUCCUCGGGGAGGCCGCCGUCCCAGCUUCUCUUCUUCAUCCAUCUCAUGGACCUGAUCCACAUAUCGGAGAUAUCACUCUCCUCCGGCGGCUCCAGUGCGCCCUGGAAAUUGUCUCAAGAAGUGAACCAUGACGCGAAUCGGAAUCAUGAUACGAGAGGCGCCAUCUAUACUCAAACGUCAGUCGCCCUCGAACAGGAGAGCAAACUCUCUACCUGGCUCGACAACCUCCCCGAGCAUCUCCGCUUCAACUAUGCCAACACCGACCCAAAACUCCGUAUGCAGCAACGUAGUUUGCAGAUUCGGUAUUUACACACCAGACUCAUGAUUCACCGGCCGAACAUGAUCUUUGCACUAAAAUUCGACAGCCGUAAGGAGAAUCUGUGUCGGAACGAUACAUUCUUCCAAUCCAUAUUGAGCGCCAGCAUUGAGCAAUGCAUUCAGUGUUGCACAGAAUUGCUGAGCCUGGUCAAGGAGUACUAUGAACAAAAGAGCCUAGGGCCUUGGUGGUUACUUUUGCAAUUCAUUUUUACGACCUUGGCUACGCUAUGUGCGGUUCGAGCGAGACGGAAUUCAGUGCCGAAUCUGGAUGAUGGGAAUAUCGAUACCACAAUCGAUAAAGCGAUGGGCUUGCUGCGUUCUUUUGGCGACAUCCACCCAACGCUGGGCCCAGUCCCUCACCCAGAAACCAUGGCUAGGCUCAGGUCUCCCACAAACAAUCGAGUCCUUCAUCCCUCAUUGCCAACUGCCACAUGCACGAUUCAACCGACACCAUCGAGAACCAGUCCAAGGCUCCAGAAUCCGGCAGAAUACCAGCCCCAUGACCUUUUCCUGCACAACCCAGAUCAGAGUCUGGAGGACUGCACCGCGGAACUCUUCUCUGAUGUGACUUUUGGUGGCUUCAAUUUCGGCGCCUUGGAUCCCAUACUUCAGGCAUGA